AUGCCGGAGAAGGCGGAGGAGACGGUCAAGGUCGUCGUGCGCGUGCGGCCCCUGUCGCGGAAGGAGAUCCAGGAUGGCCACGACGCGGCGACGGUGGCCGACGAGGCCACGGGCCGCAUCACGUGCAACAACCCCAAGGCCGACGCGUCGGACCCGCCCAAGGCCUUCACCUUCGACGCCGUCUUCGACCCGAACAUCACGCAGCGCAAGCUCUACGACAUCUGCAGCGCGCCCGUCGUCGACGCCGUCCUCGCGGGCUUCAACGGCACGAUCUUCGCGUACGGGCAGACGGGCGCGGGCAAGACGUUCACGAUGGAGGGCGUGCCGGACCCGCCGGAGCUCCGGGGCAUCAUCCCCAACGCCUUCCAGCAGAUCUUCGACCGCGUGGCCCUGGCCCAGGAGGGGCAGCAGUUCCUCGUGCGCGCGUCCUAUCUGGAGAUCUACAACGAGGAGAUCCGCGAUCUUUUGUCCAAGGACCCGAAGAACAAGCUCGAGCUCAAGGAGAACGUCGACAGCGGCGUCUACGUCAAGGACCUCACGUCCUUCAUCGUCAAGUCGAGCCACGAGAUCGACCAGGUCAUGCAGGCGGGCAAGAAGAACCGGUCCGUCGGCGCGACGCUCAUGAACGCCGGGUCGUCGCGGUCGCACGCGAUCUUCACGAUCAUCGUCGAGCGCGCCGAGACCGACGAGGUGCGCGGCGAGCACAUCACCGUGGGCAAGCUGAACCUCGUGGAUUUGGCGGGCUCCGAGCGCCAGGGGAAGACGGGCGCGACGGGCGACCGGCUCAAGGAGGCGACGAAGAUCAACCUGUCGCUGUCCGCGCUCGGCAACGUCAUCUCGGCCCUCGUCGACGGCAAGUCGCAGCACAUCCCCUACCGCGACUCCAAGCUCACGCGCCUCCUCCAGGACUCGCUCGGCGGCAACACGAAGACGGUCAUGUGCGCGAACUGCGGCCCCGCGGGCUACAACUACGACGAGACCGUGUCGACGCUGCGCUACGCGAACCGCGCGAAGAACAUCAAGAACAAGCCCAAGAUCAACGAGGACCCCAAGGACGCCAUGCUCCGCGAGUUCACGGACGAGAUCGCGCGGCUCAAGGCGCAGCUCGCGGGCGGCGGCUCCGGCGGCGGCGCCGGCGGCGGCUACGGGCCCGGCGUGAAGAUCGGCAUCUCCGAGGAGGAGCUCCAGCGCGUCCACGAGGAGGCCGAGGCGGAGAAGUCGCGGAUCCGCGAGCGCGCGGAGCGCGACCUCGCGGAGAUUUUGGAGCGCCAGGCGGAGACGGAGGAGGAGCGCGAGAAGCUGCGGGCGGACCUCGUGCGCCAGGAGCUCGAGCGGAAGCGCGCGUCCGAGAAGAAGCGGUCGCUCGCGGCGAAGCUCAAGGGCAUGGAGGCGAAGCUCCUCAAGGGCGGCCAGAUGCUCGACAAGGCCGCCACCCAGGAGGCCGAGCUCCGCAAGGCCGAGCGCGAGCUCGUCGACAAGGAGGAGGCCGAGCGCGCGCUCGCGCAGGAGCUCGGCAAGCGCGACGAGGUCCGCGAGGACCUGUCGGAGAAGUACUCGUCCAUCGAGGAGGAGGUCGACAAGAAGACGCGCAAGCUCGAGAAGCUCGUGCGCAAGGUCAACGAGGCCGAGGCCGAGAUCGCGGACCUCCAGGGCGAGUUCCAGCGCGAGCGCGAGGACCUGUGCGAGGACAUGCUCGACACGAUCCGCCAGCUCGCGCGGCAGAUCAAGCUCAAGGAGAUGGUCCUCGAGCUCUUCGUGCCCCCGGACCGGUGCAAGGCCCUCGAGGACCGCACGGUCUGGCAGGACGACAAGGACGCGUGGAGCCUCGAGGGCAGGGCCGCGACGCGCGCGCGGCGAAACGGCCGACGACUACGAGGGGCCCACGAUGCGGUCGUCCCCUCCGGCGACGGGCCCCAGCCCGGCGACCUCGCGCCGGCGGCGGCGCCGGAGCCCGCGCACCCGGCCGACGACCGCCGCGCCGUCGUCGGCGCCGCGAAGACGACGGCGACGCGCGCGGGCUCCGCGCGGCCCAAGACCGCGAGCCGCCGCCGCCCGAAGCAGGGCGCCGAGCCGUGA